AUAGGAUGCUUGCUUUUCAUUUUAACCAGAUAGACUACUUGAGCUUUGGACAUAGGUAGCCUACCAAUCUUGAUGGAUAAAGGAAAGCUGUUUGACACUGUGAAAAAAGUUGGAUUCAGUGGAGUGGUACUACUACCACAGGCAAAAGCCUCAUCAAGUUGCCAUCCUCAUGUUAAUCUUGUGAAUGAGGAGGAAAAGUGCAUGAAAGAUCUGCUAUUUUCUAAACCACACACAGCAACAGAAAAUGUCAGCAUACACUGUAAGGGAAUGUGGGAUCACCUGAACUGCUGGUCUCCUGCUUCUCUGGGGGAAAUGGUCUCUCAACCAUGUCCAGAGUUUUUCAAUUCAGAAGGCAUAAUACAUCGCAACUGCACCGACAGCGGCUGGUCAGACCCACUCAUCCCAUAUGAAGAUGCAUGUGGCUACACUUUCAAUGACACACUACACUUUCUUAGAGAGUCAUCAGAUUCCCAUUUGUAUUUCUCCUACGUGAAGACCAUGUACACAGCCGGAUACACACUGUCUCUCAUCUCUCUUACCAUCGCCAUCGCCAUAUUUUGUCUGUUUCGGAAGCUGCACUGUACCAGAAACUACAUUCACAUUCAACUGUUCAUCUCCUUCAUCCUGAGAGCCCUCUUCAUCUUCAUCAGGGACUCUCUGCUAUUUACUAAUGAGGAACUCUACCACUGUGACUACUACCCAGUGGCAUGUAAGGUUGUGUUGAUGUUUUCCAACUACUCCAUCCUGGCCAACUACAGCUGGCUGCUGGUGGAAGGUCACUUCCUCUUCACCCUGGUGAGCCGCGCCUUCUUCUCCCUUAAGAAACACCUUGCCUGGUACAUCAUCCUGAGCUGGGGUUUACCGUUAAUAGUUAUUGUCUGCUGGGGGUGUGCAAAAUAUUAUUUUGAAGACGAAGGCUGCUGGGAAACCAGGAAUCAGGCAUGGAUUUGGUGGAUACUUCGAGUGCCAGUUCUUCUGACUAUAUCUAUGAAUCUCAUCUUUUUCUUGGGCAUUUUGAGGAUACUGGUGAGAAAACUGAGAAUGCCAGAUGCACAGAGGAAUGAAUUCAGCCACUAUCAGAGGCUGAUCAAAUCCACAUUUUUUCUGGCAGCUCUCUUUGGUCUGCAUUACGUCCUGUUUGUUUUCUUACCUGUAGAAGUCGGCAGCUCUGUGUUUAAGAUAUGGACCUUGAUAGAGCUGGCUCUGUCAUCCACACAGGGUUUUGUGGUCGCUAUCCUCUACUGCUUCAUGAAUGAAGAGGUGCAGCAUGAAAUUCAGAGGAGGUGGAGGAGAUGGAGGCUCAGCCAGAACCUGCCCAGUUGGCCCAGGCAGCAUCACAACUCCAUCAGCCACAGCGGGUCUCCUCACACACAAGCGCCCCUGCUGCUCUGCUCUACAGGCAGCCCCACAACCACAAGACCCCCUGUGGAUACUGCGGAGAUGUGAUUCAAGCUGGGGUUGGCUCAUAUGUGCUCUAGUGGCCCAGCUAGUAUCCUACCAGUCUGGCUUGCUCAUAGCAGUUACCUGUAUGUGGCAAUGAUUUGUUAAUAUGCAAAUGUAACACACAGUUUUAUUUAAAACACCGGCAUGCAAAAUAUGGGAAGAGUCCAGUGGGGUUAUUUACUAUCUAGACUGCUGGGGAUAUUAAAACUGCUAACAUUCUGUAAAAUCAAUGACAGGGUACUUCAGCUAUUUAGUAUUGCACUUCCA